UUGACCAUUCGCGGAGCUACGUAACGCGCGAUCGUAGGAACGAACCUUCAGAAGCUCCAAACCCUCACGUCUCAAAUAGCGAAAACACGGAAAAGCAACGAGCCAGGUCAUGCACAUUUUGCUUGCCCGAUUUUCUUCCAAACUCAUCGUUCAAAGAAAGACUACGAAACGAAGCUGGAAAAAUUCAAAGCAUGGUCAAGGAUUCAUAUUAUGCCAAACACCGCCGGCGGAAACACCGUCGUGUCGUGUGAAGGGAACUCCAACAAUAUGCCGACCUUAAGGGGGACGCCCCUAUCGUCGAUCGCGGAGGCAUUUGAGGAGCUGGCGACGAUUCUCAAGUAUAAUGGUGCCCAGGAAGAGCUUCGAUUGAAUAAGUUCUGCGAUGCCUGUUCUCUUGUGUCUGUACUCUUCAAUUGCCUUGGCAUCGCUUUCAAAUUUGCCGAGUUGGAGUACGUCGCCAAGGUACGUGAUCUUGUGGAGGCAUCUGAGAAAUUUGACACUUUACAGAAUAUACUUGAUCUUGAUGUUGCAAAUGGUACAGUGAGAACUCCUGGAAGCCAUUCACGGAAUCUGCGUCGAGUUAGGCAGGGUCUAGACCUUAUCAGAGCUUUGUUUGAGCAAUUUUUGUCCACUGAUGAUUAUUCUUUAAGGGAAGCAGCUUCAACAGCCUAUGCCAAAGUUUGCGCACCAUUCCACACUUGGGCAGUGAGGACUGCAGUGUCUGCUGGAAUGUAUGCUCUUCCAACAAGAGACCAACUUCUUCAAAAGCUGAAUGAAACCGAUGAGUCAGCCGAGAAAAGGAUGCGAAGGUAUAUCAAGGCUUCACUUCCAGUUAUAGAUUAUAUUGAUAAGCUCUACAUAACUAGAAACAUCACCUUGGACUGGUGAGUUUUGUAGUCUGUUUGAGAGUUGAGAAUCAUGCUGUUACGGUUAGUUUUUCAUGAAGAAUGAGAAGACAAGAAUCGGGUGGUUUGUACAUAAACAUUUGUAGACCAUAAUAUUUCUUUAUACAGGUUUCUAACCAGUUCGACUGCUAAUCAUUAGUCGGAAUUUGAAUGUAGAAUGUAGACCAUGGAUGAUGGAUAUACAA